AUGAGGAGGAACCAGGAGGAGUCACCAAAGAAAUACAACAGAAGUGACCAGGUGGAGGAACCUGGAGGAUCCACAAGCAGGAAUGACCAGGAGAACCACAAGGUGCAGCAAACAGGAGGAGCCACAAAGAGGAGCAUCCAGGAUCACGUGAGUCACAGGUGCGUGACUGGAAAAGCUCACCCGCACCUCCGAUCUGAAGACAGCGUCUCCUGGAGCUUCUCCCAACUAAACAUCAUCUACUAUCUGCUGGAAAUGACCACGGGUGUGUCGUGGAGGUUAAAGCGCUAUGGACGGUUCGUCUCCGGCUGUGAGGAGAAGCGGAAAGCGGCCUGGACGAUAUUUGAGGCAAAGGACAAGAAACCUGCAAUCAACAUCACAAUUAUGGAAUCGGGCUAUUUAUUUGUCGUGCAAGGGCAGGAAAGCCUGGAGACAAUUCCUUUGCUCGGGUGCACGGGUUAUCUGAAAGUACAACAACAAUCUGAUAACCUCUUUUUUCGAUUGAUUGUGAAGGGAGAGUCUCGCACGAUGAGGAUGCAGUUUGAUGGAAGUAGCAGGGCAGAAGCUAUAAAUGAGUGCUCCAGCGCUGUGAAAAAACUGAAGGAGUUUCUGCCCGUCACCUCUCGGGACGACGCCCCAGCGCACCCCAAUCAGCCCCCUGCCGAGCCCCCUGCACCCACGAGACAGACUUGUCAGGAGGAAGCCGUGGGACUUGAGCCUGAGGUUGUCCGAGGAUCUUUGUCAAUCAAGCGUCUCACUCAGCACUACUUGGGAGAAUCUGCCGUGACUCUGCCCCAAGAAUAUCAUCCCAGUCCUUUGACAGCAGGUGAUUUGGAGCCCUUUCUGCGUGUUUGUCUGCUGGAUCCCAGCUUUAAUGCAUUUGUGGAAAAGGUGGAAGUUGAGCUGAGGAAGCUGCUUGAAGAGUAAAGAGU